AGUUUGAUGACGACACCUUGGCGCUGGCUUUCGGAAUGGCGACUUUUGGCCCAGAAACGGACAGCACUGUUGGAGCCACAGUGAUUUCCUAAGACAGCCAUAUUAGACACUCUACGGGAGCCUGCCAUGGCAUUUCCCCACUUCCAACAGCCCAGUUUCCUACUGGCUAGCCUGAAAGCUGACUCUGUAAACAAACCCUUUGCACAGCGCUGCCAAGACUUGGUUAAAGUCAUCGAGGAUUUCCCAGCCAAGGAGCUGCGAGCCAUUUUCCCAUGGUUGGUGGAGCACAUAUUUGGUAGUCUGGAUGGUGUGUUCUUUGGCUGGAAUCUCCGCUGCCUGCAGGGGCGUGCGAACCCCGUGGAAUACAGCAUUGCAAUGGAAUUUCUAGACCCUGGUGGUCCAAUGAUGAAGUUGGUUUAUAAACUGCAAGCUGAAGACUAUAAGUUUGACUUCCCAAUCUCCUACCUUCCAGGCCCCGUGAAGGCGUCCAUCCAGGAACGAGUCCUCCCUGAGAGCCCUCUAUAUCACAACAAGGUCCACUUCCUCCCUGGUGGGGGACUCGGCCUCAACCUAGCCCUCAACCCCUUUGAGUAUUACACGUUCUUCUUCGCCUUGAGUCUCAUCACACAGAAGCCACUGCUCCCAUCCCUCCAUGUCCGGACUUCAGACUGUGCCUACUUCCUCCUGGUGGACCGCUACCUGUCCUGGUUCCUGCCCACAGAAGGCAGUGUUCUCCCCACGCUCUUCUCCAGUCCCGGGGGCUCCAACCCCUCACCCGCUCCCAGGACACCAACCAUGCCCUUCGCAUCUUAUGGUCUCCAUCACACCAGUCUUCUGAAGCGCCAUAUAUCUCACCAGACAUCUGUGAACGCAGACCCUGCUUCCCAUGAGAUCUGGCGGUCAGAAACCCUGCUUCAGGUGUUUGUUGAGAUGUGGCUCCACCACUACUCGCUGGAGAUGUACCAGCAGAUGCAGUCUCCUCAUGCCAAGCUGGAGGUCCUACACUACCGACUCAGUGUCUCCAGCGCCCUCCACAGUCCUGCCCAACCUGGCUUCCAGGCCCUCCACACCUACCAAGAGUCGUUCACGCCAACUGAGGAGCACGUGUUGGUGGUGCGGCUGCUGCUCAAACACCUGCACGCCUUCUCUAACAGCCUGAAGCCAGAGCAGGCCUCACCCUCGGCCCACUCACAUGCCACCAGCCCUCUGGAGGAGUUCAAACGGGUUGCCAUCCCGCGCUUCGUCCAGCAGAAGCUCUACCUCUUCCUUCAGCACUGCUUUGGCCACUGGCCCCUGGAUGCAUCAUUCAGAGCCGUCCUAGAGAUGUGGCUGAGUUAUCUACAGCCAUGGAGGUAUGCCCCCGAGAAGCAGGCCCAGAACAGUGAUGUCCAGCCCCGCUGUGUGUCAGAUAAAUGGGCGCCCUUUGUCCAGGAGAACCUGCUUCUUUACACAAAGCUGCUUGUUGGUUUCCUGAACCGUGCACUUCGCACGGACCUUGUCAGCCCCAAGAAUGCACUCAUGGUGUUCCGGGUGGCCAAAGUGUUUGCCCAGCCCAACCUGGUGGAAAUGAUCCAGAAAGGAGAGCAGCUGUUCCUAGAGCCUGAACUUGUCCUCCCCCACCGCCAGCACCGCUCCUUCAUGACACCCACCUUCAGUGGCAGCUUCUUGUCAGCCUGGCCUCCUGCUGUCACUGAUGCCUCCUUCAAGGUGAAGAGCCACAUCUACAGCCUGGAGGGCCAGGACUGCAAGUACACCCCUAUGUUUGGGCCUGAAGUCCGCACGCUGGUCCUGCGCCUGGCUCAGCUCAUCGCGCAGGCCAAACAGACUGCCAAGUCUUUCUCCGACCAGUCCACUGAGAGCACAGCUGGCCGCUCCCUUCUGUGCUGGCUAGGCUUCUGUCCCACGGACAGCAACUCUUACUUGACCAACGACCUUGAUGAAGUGGGUCAGGACAGCAUACGUAAGACAGAUGAGUACCUGGAGAAAGCCCUGGAGUACCUGUGUCGGAUUUUCCGACUCAGCGAAGCCCAGCUGGCCCAGCUUACGCUUGCCUUGGGGACCACACAAGAUGAGACCGGGAAAAAGCAACUUCCAGACUGCACCGUGGGAGAGAACGGGCUUGUGCUUACCCCUCUGGGCCGCUAUCAGAUCAUCAAUGGCCUGCGGAGGUUUGAGAUCCAGUACCAGGGUGAUGCUGAGCUGCAGCCCAUCCGGAGCUAUGAGAUUGCUGGCCUGGUCCGCUUGCUCUUCCGGCUGUCCUCUGCCAUCAACUGCAGAUUUGCAGGCCAGAUGGCAGCCCUGUGUUCACGGGCCGACUUCCUCGGCAGCCUCUGCCGAUACCACCUCACUGAGCCUGCAUUGGCUGGCAGGCACCUGUUGAGUCCUGCAGGACGGAUGCAUACUGCCAGCCGGGCCCGCAGUCCCCGGCUCAGCCUCCGCUUCCUGGGCAGCUACCACACUCUGCUAUUGCUCCUGCUGGCCUUUUUUGUGGCUUCUCUGUUCUGCAUUGGGCCCCUGCCCUGUACCCUGAUCCUCAUCCUGGUCUACCUAUUGUACGCCAUGGCUAUGGCGCUUCUCACUGAUCGGGGGAAGCUGCACCAGGCUUGA